AUGGUCGGGACCGGGUUAGUCAGGCGAAUCCUUGUCGAUACUGGAGCUGACUCCAACAUCCUAUUCAGGAACGUGUUUGACGCCAUGGGACUCAGGGAAUCCGACCUCAAGAGCCAUCAACACGGGGUCAUGGGGUUAGGCGACAACUAUAUAAAACCCGACGGGACGAUCUCUCUCCCAAUCUGCCUCGGAGCCGGUGACACUAGGAGGUCGGUUAUGGCAGACUUCGUAGUCCUCAGAGACUCCACGACCUACAACAUCAUUCUAGGAAGAAAGACUAUCAACGAAUUUUCAGCUGUGAUAUGUACUAAAUUCCUAGAAAUGAAGUUCGUGACGGACAAAGGAGCUGUUGGCUCCAUUAGGGGAGACUUGAAAGCGGCGAUUGCCUGCGACAACGCCAGGCCCCCUCAUGGAGGUCGUAAUAAGGGCAAACGCGACCUCUUCGCAUGGACGCCAUCAGACAUGUCGGGCUUGGAUCCCGAGGUCAUGUCCCACCGACUAGCCGUCAAACCAAACGCAAAGCCAGUAGCACAGCGACGAAGGAAAAUGUCCCAAGAAAGGGCCAAUGAGGUCGCCAAACAAACAGCCGGGCUACUUGAAGCCGAGUUCAUCAAAGAGCUCGAAUACUCGACAUGGCUAUCCAACAUUGUCCUGGUAAAAAAAGCUAGUGAAAGAUGGAGAAUGUGUGUCGACUAUUCCGACCUAAACAAAGCAUGUCCUAAAGACUCUUUCCCCUUCUCCAACAUCGACGCCUUGGUAGACUCGGCAGUAGGAUAUCGUUUUCUCAGCUUCAUGGACGCGUACUCCGGCUAUAAUCAGAUCCCGAUGCACCGGCCUGAUGAGGAGAAGACGGCGUUCAUAACACCAUGA